AUGGCCAGCAAUUUAGUAGAGAAGAAGCGUAAGCGCACUCACCAAACCAAGGCCAACAAGAAGAAGCAGCAGGUCGACAAGGGAAAACCCAAGCAAGUUGAGGAGGAAGCAGCCGAGAUUGCCGACGAAGGUGAAGAGAUCGUAGCCGAAGAACAAGAUCAGGAGGAGAUCGAUGACAGCAACGACAAAGAGAGCUCUGAAUCCCCUUCAGCAAACGAGAAUGAGACGACAUUGGAAGAAGGAGACAAGGCCAUUGAUUUCAACUUUGAAAGCCUUGAUAUCAGUGACAAGACGAAGAAUGGUAUCAAGGAGAUGGGUUUUACAAAGAUGACUGAGGUGCAAGCUCGUACGAUUCCACCCUUGAUGGCUGGUCGUGAUGUGUUGGGUGCUGCAAAGACUGGUUCGGGCAAGACUUUGGCCAUGUUGAUUCCUGCUAUUGAAAUGUUGUACAAGCUCAAGUUCAAGCCAAGAAAUGGCACUGGUGUCAUUGUGGUAUCUCCUACUCGUGAGCUCGCAUUGCAGAUCUUUGGUGUCGCUCGUGAAUUGAUGAAGUAUCACCAACACACAUUCGGCAUUGUUAUUGGUGGUGCCAACAGAAGAGCCGAGGCUGAUAAGCUUGUCAAGGGUGUCAACCUUCUUAUUGCCACACCAGGUCGUCUUCUCGAUCAUUUGCAAAAUACCCGUGGUUUCGUCUACAAGAAUCUCAAAGCUUUGGUCAUUGAUGAAGCUGAUCGUAUCUUGGAAAUCGGUUUCGAAGAGGAAAUGCGCCAAAUUGUCCGUAUCUUGCCCAAGGAACGCCAAACGAUGCUCUUCUCAGCUACACAAACGACCAAGGUUACCGAUCUUGCCCGUAUCUCGCUCAAAAAGGGACCAAUGUAUAUCAACGUGGAUGAGAAGAAGGAUACAUCGACUGCUGAAGGUUUAGAACAAGGCUAUGUCGUGUGCGAUUCCGAUAAGCGUUUCCUAUUGCUGUUCACCUUCUUGAGGAAGAACUCCAAAAAGAAGAUCAUUGUCUUCUUCUCCAGCUGCAACUCUGUCAAAUACCACGCUGAAUUGCUGAAUUACAUUGAUGUGCCAGUGCUUGAAUUGCACGGUAAACAAAAGCAACAAAAACGUACGGCCACCUUUUUCGAGUUCUGCAAUGCUGACAGGGGCAUUUUGUUGUGCACGGAUGUUGCUGCUCGUGGAUUGGAUAUUCCUGCAGUUGAUUGGAUUGUACAAUUUGACCCUCCAGAUGAUCCCCGUGAUUACAUUCAUCGUGUCGGUCGAACAGCUCGUGCUGGUGGACAAGGCAAGAGUUUGUUGUUUUUGCUUCCAAGCGAGCUCGGCUUUUUGCGUUACCUCAAGAAUGCCAAAGUUCCCCUUAACGAAUAUCAAUUCCCCACCAACAAGAUUGCCAAUGUGCAGAGCCAGCUUGAGAAGCUGGUGGAAAAGAAUUACUACUUGAACCAAUCUGCUCGCGAUGGCUUCCGUUCUUAUCUUCAAGCAUAUCAAGCAUUCAGUCUCAAAAAGAUCUUCAACGUCAACAGCCUCGAUCUUGUCAAGGUCGGCAAAUCGUUUGGUUUCAGCGUUCCUCCCAAAGUCAACCUUAGCAUCCAAGCAUCUAGAAAGUAA